AUGGUGAACUUUAUUACUCCAACGCCGUUGUUUCCGGGACCAGGAACAAGAUUAAGCAAGCAUGUGCUAUGCACUGACCCUUCCCACCGUUCAUAUGCUGCAACGGAGUUGAUCUUGUCUAUAAAUCUGUUCAAAGCACCUUCAUACCUGCUGUUAAUCACCAUUAGCACAUGGCUAUUAAACAAACUACCAGAAAGAGUCAGCAGGGAAGGUAGCAAGGGAAAUGGGGGCACAUGGGGAAAUCACGUGGACAAGCAUGGUCCUAACAAAAUGAAGAAUUGGGUGGGAAAGUUGUGGUAUCAGAGCUUGCGGUCCUUGGAUUGCAAGUUCACUCCACAGUCCAGCAUAGCAGAAGGUACUCGCAUGAAAAACUUUGAGGAGCAGCUCAAGAAACAAGAUGCCAGAAUUCAAGCGAUCCUCGACUCCAUGGUAGCAGACAAGCAAGUCAUGGAGGAAAAGCUGGAAGUUAAUCAAAGGGAGAUGCGGUCCUUACUGGAAGCCAAUAGCGCAGAGCUAAAAAAUUUUGUAAGUAAUCAGAUCAGCUCGAUUUUGAGAAGUUUGCAAGGUGACAAGGGAAUACUGGGAAAUCCUAACGGCUCUGCAGAAAGGACUCCUAACAAUCGAAAUGCUGGAAUUCCGAAUACUAGAUAUGGUGAAUUUGGCAGUUCCUCCAGAGGAGAGGGACAACACUGGCCCAUGGGGGUCCCUAGGUUAGAUUUUCCUAGAUUUGAUGGCCACAAUCCCAAGGAGUGGGUCAGGAAGUGUGAGAAAUUCUUCCAACUUUUUCGCACUCCUGAGGAUCAUCAGAUGGAUCUUGUGGAACUGCACUUGGAAGGGAAGGCAGAUCUCUGGUAUCAGAAUUUCAAAAAAGAUAAAGGAAUAGUCCAAUGGAAGGAUUUUGGAUCAGAAGUGUGUAGGAGAUUCAGCACUAUGGGCGAGGCUGAUGCAGUGGAAGAGUUCAGCAAACUCAAUCAGACCUCCUCUAUUUUGGCUUAUCAGGAGAAGUUUGAGGAAUUGAGGUCUAUUGUAAUGAUCCAGAUGCCAGAACUGACUGAAUCCUACUACAUUGCUAGUUUCCUAAGUGGAUUGAAGGGGAAAAUUAAAUCUGCCGUGAAGAUGCACAGGCCAGACAGUCUACAAUCUGUCUUUGAGAUGGCCAGAUGGCAGGAACACCACUUAGAGCUGGUCCACAAGUCCAGUAGGCCUAUACUUAAGAACACCUUGCACUCAACCUCAUUUGGUCUUAACAAAGGGGGGAAUGGAGCUCAGGAUUCGGGAGUAAGACAAGCUGGAACAUCACUAACAGAUCUCAGCAGGAAGUCCAAUUCACAGCAGGUUUUCAAGAAAAUCUCCCCCACUGAAUUCCAGUACAGGAAGGAUCACAACCUAUGUUUCAGGUGUGGGAAAAGAUUUAGUCCAGGACAUAAUUGUAAAAGUAAGGGGAUCCACAUGAUGAUAGUAGGAGAGGAGGAAAAAGGCGAGGAAAAUCACACAGCAGAAGAGGAGGAAGUUAUUGAAUACAUGGGGGUCCAGCAGGAACAUGAUGUGAUGCUAACCUUGCAUGCAAUGUCAGGGGAAUUAUCCUCAAGCAUCAUCAAAAUGCAAGGGGAGUAUAAGAACCAUCACUUGACAAUCCUGUUAGAUGGGGGAAGUACUAAUUGCUUUAUCAAAAGGACUGUGGCUCAGCAAUACCCAGAAACUGUACAGAACCACAGGCCCUUCAAGGUCACGAUAGCUGAUGGCAAGGAGUUGACAUGUGACCAGUGGAUUCCAGGGAUGCAGUGGAACAUGCAGGGCCACAGAUUUGCACAUGAUGUAUUUGUAUUGGACCUGGAGCCUUAUGAUCUGAUCCUUGGAGUCGAUUGGAUGAAGUCUUACAGUCCCAUUACUUUUGAUAUCAAGAAGUUGAACCUGUCUUUUGAAAAAGGAGGGGAGCAAGUGGUGCUAAAAGGAGACUCCAACAAUGCAAACGUGAGGAUGCAGCAGGGUCCCUCAGCUCACAAGUGUGUCAGAAAUAAGAUCAGGAAGGCAUUGCAGCAAUCCUGUAUGGUGAAGAUUCACAACUCACAGGUAAUUUCUGAACCAGAUUCUCUUACUGAGUUGUUGGCCAAGUAUGAUGAUGUCUUUGCUGAACCAAACACCCUCCUCCCAAACAGAUGCCAUGAUCACCAAAUCCCUCUUAAACCAGGUGCCCAACCUUUCAAAAUUCCUCCCUACAGAUACCCCCAUAUACAAAAAAAUGAGAUUGAUAGGCAAGUGAAAGAUAUGUUGAACUCUGGCCUUAUACAAGUUAGCCAUAGUCCCUUUGCAUCACCUGCUCUUUUAGUGAAAAAGAAAGAUGGGAGCUGGAGGCUUUGUAUUGACUAUAGGCAACUGAACAACCUCACUGUUAAAGACAAAGUUCCAAUCCCUAUUAUAGAUGAUUUAUUGGAUGAGUUAUAG